AUGUCGACUGUUGGAAAGGCCGCCGUGGCGUGGGAGGCUGGCAAGGACCUGACAUUCGAGGAUAUCGAAGUUAGCCCACCCCGGGCUCAUGAGGUCCGCAUUGAGAUUUUCUACACGGGUGUCUGCCAUACCGAUGCCUACACGCUGUCUGGAAAGGAUCCCGAGGGAGCCUUCCCGAUUGUGCUGGGUCACGAAGGGGCCGGCAUCGUAGAGAGUGUUGGGGAGGGUGUUACGUCUGUAAAGCCAGGAGAUUAUGUCGUUGCUCUUUACACCCCAGAAUGCAAAGAGUGCAAGUUCUGCAAGUCCGGCAAGACGAACCUCUGUGGCAAGAUCAGAGCCACGCAAGGCAAGGGCGUCAUGCCAGACGGCACCUCACGCUUCAAGUGCAAGGGCAAGGAUCUUUUGCACUUCAUGGGCACAUCGACUUUCUCGCAAUACACGGUCGUAGCCGACAUCUCCGUCGUGGCCAUCACCAAGGACGCGCCUAUGGACCGCACCUGUCUACUCGGCUGCGGUAUCACGACCGGCUAUGGUGCAGCUGUCGAAACGGCCAAGGUGGCUGAAGGCGACAACGUGGCCGUGUUUGGCGCCGGCUGCGUCGGUUUGUCCGUCGUGCAGGGUGCGGUGACGCGAAAGGCGGGCAAGAUCAUCGUGGUCGAUGUCAACCCCAACAAGAAGGAAUGGGCAGAGAAGUUCGGAGCCACGGACUUUGUGAACCCAACGGAGCUGAAGGACCAGACCAUAGUGGAGAAGCUGGUCGAGAUGACGGAUGGCGGGUGCGACUUUACGUUUGAUUGCACGGGUAACGUGGGCGUGAUGCGGGCGGCGCUCGAGGCGUGCCACAAGGGCUGGGGAACGAGUAUCGUUAUUGGGGUUGCAGCUGCAGGGCAGGAGAUCUCCACGAGACCUUUCCAACUCGUCACCGGCCGCGUUUGGAAGGCAAGUGGAUGUGCAUUCGGCGGCAUCAAGGGCCGCUCGCAGCUCCCUGACCUAGUCGACGACUAUAUGCAAGGCAAGCUGAAGGUCGAUGAGUUCAUCACGCACCGCCAGCCGCUGUCGGGUAUCAACGCCGCCUUCGCGGACAUGAAGGCCGGAGAUUGCAUCCGCUGCGUCGUCAACAUGCGGGAGGAGUAA